AGUUUCAGAUUAUACAGUAUACUGUAUAUAAUCUGCCUAGAAUAAGGCAGCUUCAUUUAACUUCAAAAGUUAACCAUUACUGUUCCUAUUGAGAAGGCUGAUUAAAUUCAGCUGAAAAAGUGUUAAAUUUUCAGUAUGUUUAAAAUUGGUUCCACAUUAAUGGGGGCCGGAGUAGGAUUUGUUGCAGGUGGCCCAGUUGGAGCAAUUAUAGGCGGUGUUACAGACAGUAGCUUCCCGUCAUUCUGGCAAGAUUCGGACAAUAGAAUUGAAGAUGCCACCGUUUCAGUUUUAAGAGGUUCAAAUGAAUAUGAAGAUGUUGAAAGACGAAUAGCUAGAAGUAUAUCAGGAGAACAAUGUGUCACAAUUAAAAAAAUUUUGAGAGUACAAAAUACAGAUCUAUUCUCUCAAUAUCGUUUAUAUAAAGAGAAAAUUGAUAAAGAAAUUAAGGGAAAUUCGGAUAUAGCGCCAGUUUAUCAUGGAACCGAAGAGGAUGUUGCAAUCAAGCUAUGUUUUAAGGGAUUUAACAGAAAUUUCAAUAAAACGGGGGCAUAUGGAAAAGGCUCUUAUUUUGCUCGAGAUAUCAAAUAUUCACUACGUAAUCCAUACAGUCCUAUAAAUGAGCAUGGAGAAAAAUUUAUUUUCGAAUGUCAAAUUGUCGCUGGAAAGUAUUGUAACGGGCAUGGUAAAAUGAAAGAACCUCCAGAAGGAUAUCACUCAACAGUUGAUAACGAGAACAAUCCAACAUUAUUUUCAAUUUAUCACGAUAGUGGAAGUUAUCAACUAUGGUUAAUCAUUCUUCAGACUGCAUCCAAGCCAAUACAAGGAAAUUUGCAAGAUCUAGAUGAGAGACUUGCCAAAAAAAUGUCUCCAGCGAAAUGGAGGGAAUGCCUCGAUUAUAGAGAUAUGGAUUCACUUACGCUAGAAAAUUUGAAUUUCCCCGAUAUUUAUAAAAGUAAAGGUAAAGAGGAUAUACCUUUGACGUGGGAAAAGGAAGGAUCUAGAUUGAAAGUUGGACUUGUUGAAAUAGGGGCAAACAGCAACGAAUUUAAUGAUAUCACUUAUCUUGGAGAGGGAACAUACUUUCAUAGGACUUCCGCUGGAGUUCUUAAAGAACAAGAAUCUGAAGGUAAACUUGAAGGGCAAAAAAUUUUGUUAGAAUGUCAAAUUAUUGUUGGAUGCUUCUGUCAAGGAUAUCUAGAUAUGAAAGAGCCUGCUAAUAAUUGCGACUCCACUGUUGACAAUAUGGAUAAUCCAAAUGAAUUUUCAAUUUAUCAUGAUAGUGAUGCCUACCCAGCUUACUUAAUUGUUUUUGAAAAUGAAACGGAGCGUAUCUUGUAUACUUCGUCUAUAUUCAGAAUUGUAAAAGAUAGAAUUGAAAAUCAAAAAUCUGAUAUAAUUGCAUAUAGCUCUCCUUUUACAAUGGAUUUAAGCUCAAGUAAUAUUCCACAGUCCUUAUGGAAUAAAGCAGGAAAUGAAUUACAACAGGAAUGUAAGCAGAAGCAGGGAAGUGUAAAAUCUGGUGAAAUAAUUGUAACUGGUGGUUAUAACCUUCAUUGUGAAGAAAUAUGUGGAGACGGCAGUUUAGAAAUUACCAUGGUUAUAUUCGAAGACGACCCUAAACUCUAUGAUAUUAAGGAUGCAGCUAAGAAAAUCUUUGGCUUUUAA